GCCGUUACCGUUGCCGGCGGCACUUGUUUCUUAUCAAACGUUUCGCCAAAAACAAACCGAACGCCCCCGUUAUCGUCGAGGGUGUCUAGACCGUARCAAAAUUCACGGUUGUAAUGUGUAUUGUGUUGGCACUGAGGCAGUAGCAAUAAAUUGUAAAAUUGUAGUGACUAUAUUGUACUUAACUAUAGUAAUGUAGUGUUGUWCUGUUCUUUUUCACUAUUCUGUUGUGGUUCUGUAUCCCAAAAUACAGUACUACAAGUGUUUUCUACUUAUAAAAAAAUAGUGACUAAAAUGAGGAUUAUUUUUUGAGAUUAUUCUCUUGACUUUGAUGCGUCUACAAAAGAAAAAAAACACUCCCAAUUUAUCAUUUAUGGUCAUUCUGUUCUCAUUUUAACAUAAUUAAUUCUUCCUUAUAAUUAUAAUACUUAUAUUUUUAUUUUAGUAUCUCAGUAUUGUUACUAUUACUGUCGUUUUCCGUAUUGAAGCUUCUUAUUUAUUUUUCAUUUAAAGUUGAGAUGAACUGUGGCCAUCUGUAGAAUUUUUUUACUUCAUUGUUAUUAUUGAUUAACAGAUAUCUAUUGUUAAUUGGAAGCAUUGUAGGCUUAACCAAAAUCAAUGGUUUUGAUUUGUUUUUAAGUUAGGGAGAUUUCUUCUACUUAUAUAUUUCAUAAGCGGGUUCAUAUACAUUGUGUCUUACAAUUUAUUUUUAUAUUGUGUGGAUAUUAUCUCUUAGUUUUGAGAUUCGCUGCUACAAUGAACUGUACGGAUGAUGAAUAUUGGAAUGAAAAAAGUUUUGAUGGAUUUAGCUUUGAAGAUGAGGAAAAGGAAUUGAAUUUAAUUCAGAAAGUUCGGCAUGAAAGUGAAGGUUUACAAAUAGGAUCAACAAAAGCUAAAUUAGAAAAUGUCGAAUCUUUGGAUACACUUCUCUCAAAAGAAAUUUUAGAUAAAAUAUUUAUAAAGCAAGAUUCAAAGUCAAAUAGAACAAAUUCAACUCAAAAAAAGCUGAAUUGCAUCAAAUCUACGAUAGAAAAUAUUGUAAUGUCUCAAACAUUUACACUAGARCCAUUUCACAGCUUAGAAGAAAAAACAAUGUUGUUGAAAGAAGCUUUGGAUACAGAAGAUGGAAAUGCGAUACUAACUGUUGUUAUAUUUUUAACAAACACUUUAAAGAAAGGUAUUUUCCAGCGUAUAUUACGUGAUAAUCCUAUUGCUGCUUCUCAUUACGUUCAAUUUCUGUACUCCAAACAAUAUAUUGAUGAAUUAGUCGACACUUUAGAAAUGUUGGGACGAACAAAAGAUGCGAUGAUGAUGCUAUUCAAAUUUGGAUGUCGAAAUCCACAAAACUGUUUACAGCGAUUCAAUGUAUGUGCUAAUCUAUCAGACGAACAAUAUGAUAAGCAAAUUAUAUCACAACUUAUUCGUUUAGUUGAAAAAAGUGGAAAAUUUAUAUCAGUUGUUUCGUUAGUGACUGACAUAUGUAAGGAGCAACAAAAUAUUCAAUCUUGUCGUUUGGUGUCUAAUGAAUUUAAUCUGAGUGCUAAACAGUURGAAGCUACAUUGUUGAUGACAUUUUGUCAACUACAAAAUUGGAUUCUUGUGGAUGACAUGUUGUUAAAUAAAAAUUGGCUUGGAAAGGACAAAUUGGCUUUAUCAUUACCUAUUGGUGAAACCGUGAAACUAUUACACAAUAAUGGUGCUCCAUCAUCUUCAUUAACCCGUUAUAUAAAAAUGGUUAAAGAUUCAGAUGAACGUUUAGAAUUGGCUAAGAAAUUCAAUUGUCAUCAUAUAAUAAUUGAUGAUUUCGCACUAAAAAAAGAUCGUAGAGGAUUAUUAGUAUACAAGACAACUUUACAAAAACMAUCUGAAAGCUAUUAUUAUGCCGAUGUAAUUUUAAAAAGUCCAAAUAUGAAGUGGAAAAAUUAAUAUUAGUUACAAGUUAUAACUCCUUAGUCAAUACCAAGUUUAUUACAAUAUGUGAAAACCUUUGAACAAAAUAUGUAAGACUGAGUCAGAUUAUUCAUGA